AAACGACGUACACUACACGUACAAAUGUUUUGAAAUAAAACAGAGCAUAUAUUUAUUUUAAGUUGACGGUGGAGUCGAGUCGUCAAGACGUACGUGCGAUGGAUCCAUACAAUUGCCAAGGUGGGGAGCAGUGCGAAGAUCAGCCUAAAAUUUCCACAUUCGCUGUACUGGAUUUGGAGACAACUAAUUUGCCUUCGUACAACUACAAUCGGGUGGGUAUCACGGAAAUGUGUAUUUAUGCGUUUGAAGCAGCUCUCCUGAAGGAAAAGGGAAAGGAAAAAGGAUAUGAGGGAAAUAAGGUACAUGUACCGUCACUGCCCCUGCCACCGCGUGUGUUACACAAGUUGAAUGUACUAUUUCAGCCGUCCAUGAUGGUGCAUCCGGAUGCGGAAAGAACUACAGGUCUAAACAACUACAUACUCGAACGAGAAUCUAAGUUAGACGAGAACUCGGGUCAAAUGAUCCUCAACUUUUUGAAGCAUUUGCCAUCUCCGGUGUGUUUAGUGGCUCACAAUGGCUGGGACUUUGAUUUUCCUAUUGUAAGGAAGGCUUUUGCUAACUUAAAUCUAGAAUUUUCACCUGCUUUGACUUGUGUCGACUCGCUCCGUGCCUUUUUGGAGAUCGAUGACAAGCAUUUCAUUGAGGAAGGUCUUAUGAAAAUUCCCCAAAGCGGGUCCGUGAAUGUGGAGGAAGCUGAACCACUUCAUUGUUGGUUGAAAAACGAAAGCACCCCAAAAGGUGUAAUCCUGAUCCCGGACCCUGAAGCGAACGGCUAUGAUGCCCUGGAGGCGUCUGUGAGUGGACAACUGGAGGAGACUGAAUCCAUUAAGGAAAUUGACUGGCGGCUGCUGAAUGAAACAACUCCAAAACGUCCAGUUUUGACCCCCACAGAAGCUGCUUCAAAGCGUAGGAAAAUCACGGAGAGCGAGGAUGAUAAACUGGAGGAGUCGCCACCAUUUAGGCGAACACUGGGAUCUCGUCGCAAACUAUUUAGCGGCGUCAAGUGUGCUGAAAGAAAACGUUAUCCACCAAAAGACAAGUACAAAUUGGGAUCACUGUUUGAAAGAAAAUUCGAGCAAGCUGCAACUAAUGCACACCGAGCGGAGGCGGAUGUGGCCAUGCUCACGUCGCUUAUCCAACAUUACGGCAUGGAUUUCCUAGCCUUUGCGGAAGAGCAAGCCAUUCCAUUCAGUCAAAUCACUCCACUUGGCUCACCCAUUCGACGUAAAUUGUAGCAUCUGUAGAAUUGAAUGUUGUAUAAGAUAAGACAUGGCAUGUAUAUUUGUAGAAAAAACAUAUUUGAUUUCGAUUUUAAUUGUGUUCAAAUAUUAUGUAUAUUUUUUAGCAUGCACCUACUUUUAAUCAUUUAAUCUAAUCAAAAUUUUAUACAUUGAUUAGAUUAAGAACUCGUAAAUUUUAAGGCAUAUCAACACCUGCAUAUGGCGUAUUUGUACUAUUUGUAAUAAAAACUUUGAUCAAAGCCCCG